GUUUUGGUUUACUUUUGCUUUGUUUUCCUGUGUUUUCAUCGCAUUCUUUCUGUUGAUAACGUUGAUUGUGUAUUUUGCUUCUAAAUUGUGGGAAGACAAAUGUGCGAUGAUUAUUUUCUGUUUCUAGUUAUUGGUGAAAGCUUUCUGAUUCUGCUACCUUAUGUUCGCUUUGAGGGUAAGGCGUUCAUUUUAUCGAUCUGAUUAACAGAGGAGGAGACGACGCGCUUAACAUUUAGAGCAACCUCAGUUGACUAUGUUUUCUCAUAAGAUGUGGGCAUUUUAUAUUUGAGGUCCGUUUGCUGGAGAAGGAGCCAAGUACUAGACUUUUAAGGCUUCAGUUAUGCGUGUUUUGGUUCAACUGAGUAAUCAUUUUAUAAACCAUAGGCCUUCUUGCUUGGAGAAAUCUUCUACGGAAUUUCAUUCUCCUGAAGCUUGUGCUGAGCUGACUAGUUGCAGAGGCAGAAGACGCAAACAUGGAGGGAGUGCCAAAGAACAUCACACACCAAAUUGGAGGGCUCCAAAAUGACACACUUCGUUCUGGACUUCAGGGCGUCAAGAGUGACAUCAUUGGAUCUCAUCCUCUUCAAUCCGCUCAAAAAUCCGUAAGGCGAACACAGGAAACAAUGAAGAGGAAGUGCAUUAUCAAUACAUAUGGGUCUGCUUUUCCACUGAAGAUGGACCUGGACAGGCAAAUACUUUCUAGAUUCCAGAGACCUCCAGGAGCUAUUCCAUCUUCGGUGCUGGGUUUUGAAGCUUAUACCGGAACUCUUGAUCACAUUUGUUUUGAGGAUUAUCUUAAUGAUCCCCGAGAAUCUGAAUCUUUCCGGCCACCAGACAUGCACCAUGGAAUGGAAGUUCGCCUUGGUCUUUCCGAGGGGCCAGUCUGCCCAAGCUUCGUAUAAUGAGUGCAUCCGAAUAUUCAUUACAAUGAGAGGGAUGGAGCUAGCAGCAUGUUUCAUUAGGGUACUAUUUACCAAUGCUAAGGAUGU